UGUUUCCAUAUAUACACACACGCGUUUAACGCCCCGUUCUCUUUUGUCUCCGCCGCAUCGGACGUUCUCUUCUAUCACACAAAAGCUUCGCCUCACCUAUACAUACACUCCGAUAUAUCUAUCCUUCGCCUGAUCGCUAGAUUCAUUUUUGUUUUUUUCAAUUUCUCAUUCCUCAUCGAUCGGCAUUGCAAUGGCGGCGCACACGGCGGCUGCGGCGCUGGUAGGGACCAGUUCCGCUGUUGCGGCGGCGCGAGCACCGUCGCCGGCCCCGUCUUCGGGCGCGGUUACAAUGGGAGGGCCCACGAACUCGUCGCUCUACGUGGGCGAUCUGGAUGCCUCGGUUGAGGAAGAUCAUCUGUACGAUCUGUUCAACCAGGUGGCGCAAGUGGUGUCGGUUAGGGUUUGUAGGGAUCAGUCCAGGCGAUCAUCUCUCGGCUAUGCGUACGUCAAUUUCGGCACCCCGCAAGAUGCUGCUAGUGCAAGGGAUGUUUUGAACUUUACACCCUUAAAAGGGAAACCCAUGAGGAUUAUGUUUUCUCACAGAGAUCCUAGUAUCCGUAAAACUGGAUAUGCAAACGUUUACAUAAAGAACUUGGAGCCAUCCAUUGACAACAAAGCUUUGUAUGAGACAUUUGCUGCCUUUGGACCUGUUCUUUCCUGCAAGGUGGCUGUUGACAGCAGUGGUAAAUCUAAAGGGCACGGAUUUGUACAGUUUGAUUCUGAUGAGGCUGCAAACUCUGCAAUUAAGGGGCUGAAUGGCAUGCUGCUUAAUGAUAAACAGGUUUAUGUUGGCCACUUCAUUCGUCGUCAAGAAAGGAGCGGGGCAAAUGGGGAAGAGAAGUUCACUAAUGUUUAUGUGAAAAACCUUGCUGAAACAACUUCUGAUGAGGACCUGUAUAAUAUUUUUCACAAGUUUGGUCCUAUCACCAGCUCCCUUGUUAUGAAGGGUGCAAAUGGUAAAUCCAAGUGCUUUGGGUUUGUUAACUUCGAAAAGCCAGAAGAUGCUGCUUCUGCAGUCAAAGAAUUGAAUGGGAGUUCCUUGAAUGACAAUGUGUUGUAUGUGAGUAGGGCUCAGAAGAAAUCUGAAAGGGAGGCAGAGUUGAGAUCAAAAUUUGAGCAAGAAAGAGCUAGUAGGUUUGAAAAAUUAAAGCAUUCUAACCUGUAUUUGAAAAAUCUUGAUGACAGCAUAAAUGAUGAAAAGCUGAAAGAGUUGUUUUCUGAGUUUGGGACAGUAUCAUCUUGCAAGGUGAUGCUUGAUCCACAAGGAACCAGCAAAGGUGCUGGCUUUGUUGCCUUUUCUAGCCCGGAAGAAGCUGCAAGAGCUAUGGAUGCAAUGAAUGGGAGGUUGGUUGAACGAAAGCCAUUAUAUGUUGCAAUUGCCCAGCGCAAAGAUGAAAGGAAGGCUUGGCUUCAGGCACAUUUUGCUGAGAUGAGACCAAUGGCGCCUCCACCAUUGGCUGGGGGGUUUCACCCAAGGAUUGCUCCCCAUCAGCAGCAGCUCUAUUUCGGGCAAGGCCUACCGCCUCAGGCUACGGGGUACGGGUUUCAGCAGCCGAUGGUUCCCGGAAUGCGCUCUCCCAACUACAUGUUUACAUAUCAUCAUCAACUUCAUCGUCAAGGACAGUCACCAGCUACACAACGUCGGAGGGGUGGUAGCGGACAUAAUAAUUCUCAGCAGUGGAUGCAGCGGAAUCCGAGCCAAGGUAUUGGCAGAUACAACACAGCAAAUAGCCCUUCUGGAGUUACACCUGCAGCUGCUGCUUUGGACGUUCAGCUACCACCUAUUCACACUCCAACACUUGCUUCCACUUUGGCAUCCGCUUCCCCAGAUCACCAGCGCAUGUUGCUGGGAGAACAGUUGUUUCCGCUAGUGGAACGAUUGGAGCAUGAGAACGUGGGGAAAGUGACGGGGAUGCUGCUGGAGAUGGACCAGACGGAGGUGCUCCACCUCAUCGAGUCUCCCGAGGCUCUCAAGAAGAAAGUUGCCGAGGCCAUGGACGUCCUCCGCUCAUCCUCUAUUUCCGCCGCCGCCGCCGCCGCCGAUACACCCGUCUGAUGAUCGAUUAGGAAUCAGGAAUCAAUUCAUCUUACUAUUUAUUUAUUGACAAGCCAUAUAUAUUAGCCCCGCCAUGGUCGCUGGCGGCUCUUUCAUACGGGGAAAUGGGUUCAGUUCUUAUUCUUUCUUCCAUCUUCUUCUAGGAUUGAAAUUUUAUUUCCAGGUUUUCACAUUUUUCUUAUAUAUCUUCCCUUGUCCCUUUCAUACAAAUGUUUUGGAUCCAUCAUAUAAUUGUCUGCAUUUGUUCAUUACAGCACUUCCACUAUUGUACUGUUUGCGUAUUCUAAUUAUUUGACCACCACAUUUUUAUCGUCUUGAGCUUGUGUUUGAAUCUGAAUCUACUU